GCCGACCUGCCCAGACUGCGGAGCUCUUCGUAAAAAGUAAUUAAUAUGGAUUGAAAGCCCGGAUUCAGUGCCGGAGUUUGAAAACUUAUCUCUCCAAGCAAGGCUGCUGGGAUUGCCUAGAGUGAAGCAAAGUAAUUCCACUGACCGGAGAAUCGGACUUGUUUGCCAUCCAAGAUAAAGUCCAGCAAUCAAUAGCAUGUUUUGCUUUAUUACUUGUGAGGAGAGACGUUAAAAUCCUUCUUCUAUUGAAUUACAAUCAUAUAUUGCUGUUCCGAAAUUCAAACUUAUCGAUCAACAGCCACAAGUGAUGCAGUUUAUUUACAUAAAUAUACGAGUGUAAUUGAAAUAAAAAGCCCCGAAAAUAUGUCACAGAUGUUACUUCGGGAUUGCAGUGAAAGACAUUCACGGAUGUGAAAGGAAAUAAAAAUACAUGGAAAUUUAGUCAAUGGGUUAAAAUAUUUAUUUCCAGAAAUCUGAAAAGAAUAAACAUUUGGAUAUACGCAUGGCCACUCCAUAAGAUCUCGCUGGAAACUCGACUGACAAGUUUCUUCAGUCAGAAAAUAAACAGAAGAGAUAGAUCAACAAGUUCUUUGAAGCGCGCAUGCGCUGCUGAUGCGAGUAAUUGCUGGGAAUGUUAAGAUGGCGGUGACUUACUUAUAUUUCGAUAUUCAACAUGUGUUAAAUUUGUAGUGUUCAGUGGAAUAUUACUUCUAAAAGUGUAUUAAUGAUUGGAAAUUAUCAAACAAGUGUUGAGUGAGAUAGUUAUGUCGUUUAUUCCCCGUCUGUCCUUGUUUUAUUGGAAUGCAAUCGGUUUUCACCAAGUCGCAAGAGGAUUUUUUAUUCAAUCUAUCGGUGGAGGCUAUUCUGGCCAACAAAACAGCGGCCAUUUAAGAAAGGUAAUGCCAAAUAGUGAAGAAAGUGUGUUAUUUAAAAAGGCAAAAACAAAUUCUUUUGGAUAAAUGUAGUCAGGUACAGAAAAAAAUAUCUUUCAUGCUUUUCCUAAAUUUUCUGAAAGUGUGCUCUUUUUCUGAACUAUGAUAUUAAGCUAUGAAGAUGGGAAUACGUCAUAUGUUAAGCCGAACAUUCACAAACCGACCAUCUGGACAAGGUGCACAUACACACAGUGUGUUAUCCUUGUAACAACCGUCAUGGUGUUUACAAAAGCGUGUCUUGGCUCGGGUUUUCCUGAGCUCUCCGUUUGCGGACCAGUGUAUCAUUCGAAUGUACCUUCUAAAAUCAAGAAUCAGUGCCUUUUUCUUGAUAAACAAUUAAUACAAGAUAUUUGUGUCGAUAAAAGGACGCUCAGGCCUCCCGAGAUACACUUAAAAUUUUGCAAUAUGUACACUCUCAACCAUAUAAUACCUCAAAAUGAAUCCGAGAGAUGGAUGGGCAAAAUUGAAUGUAACCAAACUCUGGUAGACCUGAUGAGAAGCGAUAACAGUGCUUUUGAGGAGUUUCAACUGUUUGCCAGUUUGUUGGAGAGAGUCGACUGUGAUACUGCAUACUCCGUUAGGUGGAGCUGCAGCGUCUGUAGGGAGGCUUACAAGUUCUGGUUGUGCUCACAAAAUAUUCCCGUGUAUAAUCGGCUCUCUCCCUCCUCAUUACCUCCCUGUGAUGAUUUCUGCUCAGGAGUAGAAAAACAGUGUCCAUUUCUCAAGCCUCUGACCGAGUCAACAUAUGCAGGGGAACCUAGUUUUAUAUGCAAAGAUCCAUCAUCGGAUAUGGUGCCAAGUCUUUCGGAGCAAUGUUACAAACAGUGUUAUUUAACAGACGAAAAUAAUGCAAAAUGUCUUCGUCAUUUUCCGUCACGACACAACUUCAGUGCUGCCCUCUAUUCAAAUACCACGGAAAGUAACUCCUGCUGCUCCAUUUGUACAAACUCAUUCACAAGGAUAUGUGUGCAUCUAAUUGGUCUAUACCUUGUUAGGACAUUGUUAUUAUUUAUUUCUAUAGGUUUAACUUAAUGGAAUAGUUGUUUAUUUAGGUGUUGUAGUGACUGAGUUGGGAGUGAAUGCGCGUGCGUGAGCCUGUUUGUGUGAAGUGUUGCGUUUCUUAUAUAGUUUUGGUCUCACGUGAUGAUUGUGUGUGGGUUUUUUUUUGAGCAAUAAGGCAUUUACCGAGUUGCUCCUCAAACUGGCAAAGUUAUUUUAUUUUAUUUUGUAGUAUGUUUGUUCAUCUGCACAAUAACAAUGUUUAUACACACGUGCUGAUUACAACAAAUUAUAUUAUUAAUAGGAACAAGUGGCCUCUGUAUAUUGUUUGUUUUUAUUUUUUUAAUUUACUGUUU